UCGGCGGAGGCCCGGCCUCGCCUCCCAGCUCCAGGAAGCCUUUGGGGCGCUUUCGGGUCCUUUUUCCUUUCAGUUUUUCCGUUUGGGGCGGUUUUACCCCAAAAGCGGCGACUUUGGCGGCGCUCCCCCCUUCCCCUCUCCCCCCUCCCCCCAAAUCGAGGAUGGCGGAGGCGCCGGUGGUGCCGGUGUACUGCACGGGCGUCUCGGCGCAGGUGCAGCGGGAGCGGGCGAAGGCGCUGGGGCUGGGCCGCCACGAGAACGCCGUGCGCUACCAGGGCCAGGACUUCGCCGCGCUGCGCGACGCCUGCCUGCGCUCCGGCUCCCUCUUCCGCGACGACGCCUUCCCCCCGGCCCCGGCCUCGCUCGGCUUCAAGGAGCUCGGCCCCGGCUCCUCCAAAACCCGCGGCGUGCAGUGGAUGAGGCCCACGGAGCUGUGCUCGCGCCCGCAGUUCAUCGUGGACGGGGCCACGCGCACCGAUAUCUGCCAGGGAGCGCUGGGUGACUGCUGGCUGCUGGCGGCCAUCGCCUCGCUGACGCUGAACGAAACCAUCCUGCACCGCGUGGUGCCGCACGGGCAGAGCUUCCAGCACGGCUACGCCGGCAUCUUCCACUUCCAGAUCUGGCAGUUCGGCGAGUGGCUGGACGUGGUGGUGGACGACUACCUGCCCACCAAGGACGGCAAGCUGCUCUUCGUCCACUCCGCCGAGGGCACCGAGUUCUGGAGCGCCUUGCUGGAGAAAGCCUACGCCAAGGUGAACGGCUGCUACGAGGCGCUGUCGGGCGGCAGCACCUCGGAGGGCUUCGAGGAUUUCACCGGCGGCGUGACCGAGUGGUACGACCUGCGCAAGCCGCCCCGAGACCUCUACCAAAUCAUCCUCAAGGCGCUGGAGCGGGGCUCCCUGCUCGGCUGCUCCAUCGACAUAACGAGCGCCUUCGACAUGGAGGCGGUGACGUUCAAGAAGCUGGUGAAGGGGCACGCCUACUCGGUGACGGGAGCCAGGCAGAUCAACUACCGCGGCCAAGCCCUGGACCUGAUCCGCAUGCGCAACCCCUGGGGCGAGGUGGAGUGGACGGGGCCCUGGAGCGACAACUCGUCCGAGUGGAACGCGGUGGAGCCAGCGCUGAGGCAGCAGCUGAUGGUGAAAAUGGAGGACGGCGAAUUCUGGAUGGCUUUCCGGGAUUUCCUCCGGGAAUUCACCCGCCUGGAGAUCUGCAACCUCACCCCGGACGCCCUCCAGUCCCGCAAAUUCCGCAAGUGGAACACGCGGCUCUACGACGGCACCUGGCGCCGCGGCAGCACGGCCGGCGGCUGCCGCAACUACCCCGCCACUUUUUGGAUCAACCCGCAGUUCAAGAUCCAGCUGGAGGAGGUGGACGACGACGGGGACGAGGCGGGCGGGCGGGAGCCGGGCUGCAGCUUCCUGCUGGCGCUGAUGCAGAAGCACCGGCGCCGCGAGCGCCGCUACGGCAAGGACAUGGAGACCAUCGGCUUCGCCGUCUACGAGGUCCCUCCGGAGCUGGCGGGGCAGUCGGGCGUGCACCUCAAGCGGGAUUUCUUCCUGGCCAACGCGUCGCGCGCCCGCUCGGAGCAGUUCAUCAACCUGCGCGAGGUCAGCACCCGCUUCCGCCUGCCGCCCGGCGAGUACAUCGUCGUGCCCUCCACCUUCGAGCCCAACAAGGAGGGCGACUUCGUCCUCCGCGUCUUCUCCGAGAAGAGAGCCGGCACCGAGGAAAUGGACGACAAGAUCCAGGCGACGCUGCCGGACGAGAAAGUGCUCUCGGAAAGCGAGAUCGACGCCAACUUCAAGCAGCUCUUCAAGCAGCUCGCGGGGCCGGACAUGGAAAUCAGCGUCACCGAGCUUCAGACCAUCCUCAACCGCAUCAUCGGCAAACAUAAGGAUCUCCGCACCAAAGGCUUCAGCAUCGAGUCGUGCCGCAGCAUGGUCAACCUCAUGGACAAAGACGGCAACGGCAAACUGGGGCUGGUGGAGUUCAACGUCCUGUGGAACCGAAUCCGCAACUACCUGGCCGUGUUCCGCAAGUUCGACCUGGACAAGUCCGGGAGCAUGAGCGCCUACGAGAUGCGGAUGGCGCUGGAAGCGGCAGGGUAUAAAUUGAACAAAAAGCUGCACGAGCUCAUCAUCACCCGCUACGCCGAGCCCGACCUGGCCAUCGACUUCGACAACUUCGUCUGCUGCCUCGUGCGCCUGGAGACCAUGUUCCGCUUCUUCCAGGCGCUGGACGGGGACCGUGACGGCGUCGUCACCGUGGGGCUGCUGCAGUGGCUGCAGCUCACCAUGUUCGCCUGACCCGAGGACGUUUUGGGGGAAUUUCUGCGCUUUUUGUCGCUCCGCCUGAAUUUUGGGGGGGGGGGACAGGUUUUGGGGACCCCCCCCCCCCCGGUGCCACAAUCAGGGAUCUGCUGCCCGCCGGGUGCCAGCGUGGGUCUUCUUAUUUUGUACUGUGUGCCCCCCCCAAAAACCAAAAAUCCUAUUAAAAUUCUUUUUCCUGCU